UUCAAGUUCCCACAAUCCAUUGCGAAUGGUAUGGACGGGGACUGACUGACAAGGACUCCUAUUGGAUUUGGGGGGAAAAAAACCCAAAAAAUGAAUGUGGCUUUUCCUUGUCAUAUAUACUGACAUUUUUGGUAGCAGCUCCAAGUUCAAGUCGCCGAAGUGAUAUUUCCCACAGGAUGCAUUUGUGAGAAGCUCCUCCGUUGUCGCUCCGAAUCUUCCCGUGACCCACGACCGGAGCCCAGAUGGCAGCCGUAGUAGCCAAGCGAGAGGGGCCGCAGUUCAUCAGCGAAGUGGCCAUGAGGGGGAACGCGGCCGUGCUGGACUACUGCCGCACCUCCGUGUCGGCGCUGUCGGGAGCGACGGCCGGUAUCCUGGGCCUGACGGGACUGUACGGCUUCAUUUUUUACUUUUUGUCCUCGUUCCUCCUGUCUUUACUGCUUAUUCUCAAGGCCGGACGCCGAUGGAACAAGUGCUUUAAAUCCAGACGGCUGCUCUUCACCGGGGGCCUGGUCGGAGGUCUUUUCACCUACGUCCUCUUCUGGACUUUCCUCUAUGGAAUGGUGCACGUGUACUAAAAUGACCUGACCUUAACCUAAUUACAUUUUGUUUGAACCGUAGAUGAGCCAAAAAUAGAUCUUAAUGUUAUUCCAUUCUGACCUGCUGAUCCAAUAUACAUUUAGUUUCCUCUUCACACACUCAACGAUGCCUUUUAUUAGCUCCGGGCCUCUCCUCAUUUAUGACCCUGCCCAGGAUUCUUAUUUGGAUUUGUGGUGUAACAGACUGUAGCACAUGACAUCCUAAACAAGGUGUAAACGCUUGGUAUUACACUUUUCUGUACAGUAAAGAUGUGAUUACUAAUUGGAAUAAAGUCUUCUGUACUUGCA